AUGGCGCGCAUUGCUGUUAGCAAGCUGGACAUCCCAGGCAACAAGCUCGCAGUCAACAACACCUAUGGCCUGCUUGCCUAUGCCCAGAGUGGCGGCGUUGGCCUGUGCCAGCUGGGCGCUGCCCUCACCGAAUGCCGACCCGCACACAAGGAGCUUGUCGUACCCGCCUCCCAGGUGACCGUGCAGACCAGUGAACAGCCCCAACACGUAGCUUUUAGCAGUGAUGGCGAGACUUUGGCCGUGGCUGUUGGCAAAGAAUGCCUCUUGUAUGAUGUAGCAGCCUGCUUUCAUCAAACCGAGCCGAUCAAGCCCUUUCAAACCAUUGCGGUCGCUGCCACCAUCCGCGACGUCGCAUGGAACCCAGCAGCAGCCUCAUCAACGGCCACGACGACGGCCAAGCCCAAUGAGACUGGGGCCACAGCUAGUUCACCUUUCGGAUCGCCCGUGUCAUCAUCAGCAGCAGCCACCACAACGUCGACCACCAAGCCCACUGGAUCUGGAACAAUAGCUUGUGCAUCCUUCGGAUCCCCCGUGCCUUCACCAGCAGCAACCACCACAACGUCAAUCACCAAGACCAAUGAGACUGGAACCCUUAGUUUCCGUGGCUUCGAAUCCCCGGUCUCAUCAUCAGCAGCAGCCACCACAACGUCGACAGCAAAGCUCAAUGACGCUGAAACUUUGGGUUUCCGUGGCUUCGGAUCCCCUGUAUUAUCAUCAGCAGCAGCCUCAUCAACGGCCACGACGACGGCCAAGCCCAAUGAGACUGGGGCCACAGCUAGUUCACCUUUCGGAUCGCCCGUGUCAUCAUCAGCAGCAGCCACCACAACGUCGACCACCAAGCCCAAUGAGACUGGGGCCACAGCUUGUGCACCCUUCGGAUCCCCCGUAUCAUCAUCAUCAGCAGCCACCACAACGUCAACAGCAAAGCCCAAUGGGUCUGGAACCUUUAGUUUCGGUGGCUUCGGAUCCUUCGUAUCAUCAUCAGCAGCAACCACCACAACGUCGACAGCAAAGCUCAAUGACGCUGAAACUUUGGGUUUCCGUGGCUUCGGAUCCCCUGUAUUGUCAUCAGCAGCAGCCUCAUCAACGGCCACGACGACGGCCAAGCCCAAUGAGACUGGGGCCACAGCUAGUUCACCUUUCGGAUCGCCCGUGUCAUCAUCAGCAGCAGCCACCACAACGUCGACCACCAAGCCCACUGGAUCUGGAACAAUAGCUUGUGCACCCUUCGGAUCCCCCGUUUCAUCAUCAUCAGCAGCCACCACAACGUCAACAGCAAAGCCCAAUGGGUCUGGAACCUUUAGUUUCGGUGGCUUCGGAUCCUUCGUAUCAUCAUCAGCAGCAGCCACCACAACGUCGACCACCAAGCUCAAUGACACGGCAACUCUA